AUGGCGAUUAAAGUGACACAACUGCAUUUACCCACAUUCGACGGAGCCAUGGAAAGUUGGAAUAUUUUCUACGACAUCUUCUCUGUAGAAAUGGAACGCACCGACUAUUUGACACCCGUACAAAAGCUACAGUAUCUCCGGUCCACUGUAAUGGGAAAAUCCGCGUACUGCAUUCGAUCGUUGAACACUGCUGACGCUAAUUACACCCACGCAAUCGCCAUUCUGAAGGAGAAGUUCGACUGUCCAGAACCUAACCUCGAUCUACGUCACUGGAACGCGAUUCAAAACUAUCCUAAGCUGACCAAGGAAUCGUCGAAAACCCUGGAGUAUUUGGUCGAUACGAUCAAGCAAUAUCUACGCGCGUUGACGAACUUAGGAGCGCCAACACGUCAGACACUAUUCUUAUGGACAUCAUCCUUUCCAAGCUAA